GAUAUUCGAUGGGCUCCUCUCUCUUAUCAUCUUCUUCAUCCAGUCUCACUCUUCACACCGACAGGCGACAACCAUGUCUCUCACCUCCUCUCUCCUCCACCCUCUCCACUCCCUCAAACUCUCUACCACCGCCGCCGCCUCCGCCACCACCUUCCUCCAUGGGACCACCCCGCUCUCUCUCCUCGCAAAGCCCACCUCCGUCUCUCCCCCUGCCUCUCGCUCCCCCGUCACUUCCCUUCCCCCCAUCCGGGCCAUGCGCUCCCUGCAGGGCCGCGUUGUCUGCUCCACCAACGACAAGACCGUCGCCGUCGAGGUCACGCGCCUCGCCCCGCAUCCCAAGUACAAGCGCCGCGUGAGGAAGAAGAAGAAGUACCAGGCCCACGACCCCGACAACCGGUUCAAGGUCGGCGACUUCGUCCAGCUCGAGAAGAGCCGCCCCAUCAGCAAGACCAAGACUUUCCUCGCCGUCCCGAUCGCCGCCAGGAACGCGAGGGCGAGCAAGAGCAAGAGCGGUGGUGAUGGGGAGGGCGAGCUUGGCCUACCGUUGGAGUCGCAGGGUCAGCAACAGGCUUGAAAUUUGAGGUUCAUUGUUGGAAGUUCUUGCUUCUUAAGUAUGAAUUCUUUCUUGCCUUUUCCUUUUUUUUUUUUCGAAUUCCUGUUAUCUGCAAGUGUGUUAAAUUGUAUUUCGACGAACUUUAUGACUGGGUACAGUGGAUUUUGGAAGUCUGUCGUCGCUGAACUGUGAAUGAGUUGCGUAACAACUGAGCUAGACGCUAUUUGGAUAAGGAUUAAAAUAAGAUUCGGCAUCGACCA